AUGGAUGCUAAGAAAAAGUAUUAUAGAAUUGAUGGUAUGCCUCUUGCCAUGCAAGUUUGGAUAUAUGAAUGUUGUUCUGCUGUUGAUCUGAAUAUUGCUAAAAAAAAGACCAAUCGUAUUCCCAGACUGGUCAAUUGGAGGACCAGAAACAGCAGAAUACAUUAUGAAUUCCUUAUGGAAGAAAUGUUCGGUGAUAACGGCAAUCCGUUAAAAUACAAAAACAUUCAACCUUCACUAAAGGAGAUUGCAUUUUAUCAGCUUCCAUCAAAAAGUGAUGCAAUCCCCGAGAAUACCUUUCAAAAAGUUGGCGACAAAGAUGAUGACGAAGAUGAUGAUUUCACUUUAAAGCCUCCAAGUCAUAAGCCACACAAUAAGGAAAAAGGUAAACAGAAGGUAACUGUUUCAUUGUCCACAUCGAUCAAAAAGUUCAAUAUGCAUGUAGGUUCGAGUUGUAAGGAGAAAAGUUCACCAGUAUUGCAUGGUUACCGUAAGGCAAAGAGUACACCCUUUCGUUCUGUUUCAACCCCUGUGAAGAAUAAUGCACCAGUACAGGAGUUGCAUAAUCAGCCGGAUGAUUCUGCCAAGACUACACCACCAAUGAGUUCGAAACAACCUCAAGAUACCAAGGCAGGCAAAAUUGACAUUGCAUACGAUGUGACGUAUGUGGAGGAAAUACCUCAACAGGGAUCAGGUGACUUGUAA